AUACAAUCACUAAUCAGAAUUCAGAUAACGAUCUGAUAAAAUUAAUAGAAAUAAGCCUUGGUGUGGAUUAUUAAGUUCAAUAUUAUUAUUUUCCGACUUUACUAUAAUUAAUAUGUUUGCAUUGCAUCGUUCAUUACCUUUCACCCUAAUGGCAAUUAAAAGGGUACAAUAUAAAUAUAAGGGCAUGGCAUAUUAUUUAAUAAAUCCCAGGACACCCCUUGCACUAAAUCUAACUUCAAAGAUAUUUUGUUCAAGCACGGUGGAUCCUAAAAGAGUUGUGAGUUAUGAGGACAUGCUGAAAGUAAUCCACCAGCCUGAGAAAAUGAUUAUAGAUGUUCGGAAUCCAGAUGAAGUUAAUUCUACUGGAAAAAUACCCUCAAGCAUUAAUAUACCAUUGGGGAAUGUUCAAGAUGCCCUGGCAACUAUGUCAGAAGAAGAAUUUCAAAAACAAUUUAGAAGACCAAAACCAUCAGUUUCGGAUGAGCUUAUAUUUUAUUGCCGAUCUGGUAAACGUUCAACUGAGGCUCUAGAUAAAGCGUUGAAACUCGGAUUUAAUAAAUCCAAAACUUACCUAGGCAGUUGGAAUGAUUGGUCUAGCAAACAAAAGGGAUGAUUAAUAAAUAUGAUUUCUUUAUA